GUGAUCGACAACGAGGCCAACAAAAAGCAUAUGGCGCCGCGAAAGUCUGUCCAAUUAGAGAACGGCAUUCACUUAAACAACAACAAUAACGUGUCCAACAAUAACGGCCACGAAUUCAAGAAGUACUCGGAAACACAGUCGGCGAAAGUACAGUCGCGUCGCGAAUUAACUCUACUUAAACUCCGGGCACUAAUCGCCAAACGUGUGCACGACAUGAAACGCUCCACGCGUACAGUCGUGCCCAUCAUGUCUAUAGCCAUUGGUUGCGUUUUUGCAGUACUCGGCCUCAUUGAAACCACUGUCAACUCUACUAAUAAGACACCGAACUGGCGACUGGACCUCAACACCCGAGCGGCCGGUUAUUCGCCCGAAUUGUACGGUUUUUACUACCAGUUGGAACAGUUGCCCGAGUCGUACGGCCAGUACUAUAGGCCCGAAGCGGCCGCGGAGGGUGUCCAGGCGUACGAGUUUAAAGGUGGCGAUCCUACCGAAAAAUUGCUCAACGACUCGGUCAAAGAUUUGAAUAUUUAUCGAGAGAGGUGGCUCGUGGGGGCGUCACUGGAAAAGUACCGUAAUCGUAAUGUGUACGUGGCCUGGUAUAACGGCGAAGCGCACCACAGUUUGCCCAUCAGUGUUAAUAUAUUGUACAACGCGUUGCUCAAGAAAUUGGUGGCCGAGUCUAAUAGCACCCUGGUGGCGCCCGGCGAGGUGGCCAUCAGGCUCAAUCAGGAAACGUUUGAACAUUUUAACCCGCACUCGGCUUUCCUGCCGUUUUUUGGUCGCGUCUAUAAUAGUAUUUUUAUACCGUUUUCCGUCUCAUUCAUCGCCGCAUUCUAUGUGCUGUUCCCGACCCACGAACGGGUCUCUAAGGCAAAACUACUGCAACUGAUGACCGGCCUAAGCAUACGGCUGUACUGGUUGUCAAACUUUAUAUUCGAUUACACCGUGUAUUUAAUGUAUUUUUCGACCAUGUUUAUCGUGUUUUUCAUUUGGGACCGUGCUUUCCAAUACGGCCUAUACUUCUCUACCAUAUCAUCAACUGGUAAGUGAUUUCUAUUUUGUUUCAU